AUGUCCCUAUAAGAGUACAAAGACUUUUACGCAGAAUUCAUACACACCUAUUUGAAGCAGAGCAGUUUCAUUUCUCAAGAUGACUAAUGCACAACGCAUUGCUCUGCACUUUGUCAUCCUCGCUGCUCUGCUGUUUGUGGGAAGGAGUGUAUCAUCUGAAGUCGAUGAUUCUUUGCACUCUGAGGUCUUUCUAAACCAACUGGAGGAUGGAGAGGCUCAGCACAACAUAUCCAAGAAACCGAGCCUCCAGCCCAAAGAGAGCACUCCUGCGAUAGAAACAUACACGCUAGCGGAAGGCAGCCGAGUGUGUGUGAGGGCCAGGCUCGGCGUGGAGUUCGUGGUAAAAGAGAACAAGAAAACAUUGUAUUUCAACUUGGACCCCAAAUCCACCAAGGCGACGGGAUACUGCUCUGACCAGAAAAUUAUUUUUUCACUCGAAUUUGAUGGAGGAAAUCUGGAAUUUACAUUCAUCAAGACUGGUGAUAAGUCAUAUGUGGGCAAGCUGAGAGCGCUGCUGCAGCCUGAGCCUGCCUGUAAACAAUGCAAAAGUAAAAGCUACCCCGGCAUCUUGGACCAUGAAAAGCUCUUUGAGAGCAGUAAGGGCCAGAGCUUCAAGUGCCAGUCGAAGACUCAACUAAAUCUGGCUGAAAACCUGAUAAUUAAACUAGUCCCUCUGCAGAUUCAAGCUUUUGACCCACCCAGGGGCACUUUUGGAAAAGAGUUGGAGUGCUUGGCUGACUACACCAAGAGGAUCCUACCCAUCGUGGUGGGCGCUGUAGUAGCAGGAAUCAUCCUCAUUGCUGUUCUGGUGUAUGUGCUCAUGCGUGAACGCCGUGGUCGAGGCUACGAACAACUCUGAGUGUGAUUGACAUCAAAGCCUCAAGAAACAACACUGUUUUACACCCUAAGCUACCGGAAACCAGCCUGUUAUAUACUAGGCACUAAAUACUCCAUGAGGACACCUUCACAAUGUGUUUACCUACCAUCAUAUGCUAAAAAAUUUGAUAAAAAAAACUUUACAUUCCACCAUUCAGAAAGCUAAAUUUGACUGUUGACUGUUGGCUAUAUGUGAAUGACAAAUGUGUAUUAAUGUGAUUAAUGUAGGCCUCAUUUGUGUUUACUUUUACAUGUAUAAAUUCUCAUUAAAAACAUUACUAGCAAUCAAA